UUAUGGGGUAUUGCAACUAUUGAAAUCUGAAAUGUGAAACGUGAAUGAUGAUGCUAUAAAAGCUUGGACCUUGAACAGAGGCGUCUUGGUGAAGAAAAGCCAAGGAGGGAAAAAAAAGUUAUUCUUCCUCAGGUAUGGUAACUAACAAGACUACAUGUAGCAGCAGUGGAGAAAUUUUCUUGUCUUAUGGAAGCUAGCUAUACAGUUGUUGGAAUUGAUGUCUUCAUUGCUGAAAGUCAGGACCAUCUUGCAAGCAAAUGCAAGUUUGAGUUGUGGAAUAACCGGUUCAGCAGAAAAACCUUCCCAAGAAGCUCUGUUUCUCACAAAGUUCUUUUGCAAUACAACAGUCUAUUAGGAAAAAUGAAUUGCAGCACUAUUCAUUUUCUGAGACAAAUCUUGAUCAAGAUUGUGUCUCUCAGUGGAGGUCAACUGGUCAGUGAAACAAAUCAAGUGACAGAUUGGAAGCAGAAGAGGAGUUCCAUUUACAAGCACCAAAAAAAAAGAAAAACAAUGAUUUCUCUUAGAAGCCUGCUACAAUGUUGCCACGGGGAUAAUCCUGUUGCUUUUUCACUGACAAAAAUGCGUCAGGUAUUAGAAGAAAAAGAAUCUCGUGAGGUUAGCAGAUUCAUGGGUUCUUCAGCUACAGAGGUUUUUCCUCACCUCCAGGAUGUUCUGUUGCAAUUUCGAGCUGGCAAAAUGCGUAUGGAGGGAACACAGGUUGUUCCGGAUUCACGUAAAGGUCUUGUUUGCAUAGGAAGGCGUGACGAGGGACUUAUUCACUUUCAAUGGGUUGAUCGAUCAAGCAAUGUUGUUGAAGAUGAUCAGAUUGUCUUUCCGGAUGAAGCUGUUUUUGAAAAGGUCAGUCAAUCAUCAGGAAGGGUCUAUAUUUUGAAAUUUCAGACAGAUGAUAGGAAGUUAUUCUUCUGGAUGCAGGAGCCAAAAGCUGACAAUGAUGCACAACUAUGUAGCCAAGUGAAUCUGUACCUCAAUCAACCAUUAGAUUUUCCUGGUGAGGAGGAACCUGAUGCUUCAGUUCCCCAACCGUCUGAAGACAUGGCUGAAGAGGAAGAUAUUUCAUCUAGGGCUGGAAAUUUGGUUGGGCCAAGCAUGGGCGCAGAAGCAAGUGGUGAUGUAACCUCAUCGGGACCAGUAAAGUUGGCUGAUUUACAGAGAAUAUUGAGUAACAUAGGGUCUGCAGGUGAAGCUGGAGAUCCAGAUGCAGGCUUGGGAUUGGGAGAUAUUUUGAAGCCUGAAUUCAUUUUCCCGCUGAUAAAUGACCUACCACUUGAACAACAACUAGCAUCUUAUUUACCUGAGGGCACCUGGACAGCAGAGGAUUUAAUGGAGUUGCUUCAGAGCGCUCCUUUCCGCCAGCAAGUAGAUUCGUUUACUUAUGUUCUUCGAACUGGCCAGGUAGACCUUUCUCAAUUUGGCAUUGAUGCAACUAAAUUUGCAGCUCCUGCUUCGGCUUUUGCAGCGUGAAAGCUUCCAUUCUGUGAAGAGUAUUGUUGCCUAACGGAUUUUCUUUCGGACAACUUCACUGUUCCAUCUUUCCUAGAGGCACUUGAAGAUUCUGUUACUAGAGUAGCAGAAGGCGAGGAGUCAAGGCGAGAUGGCAGUGAACUGAGAUCUCAAAUGCAUAAUCAAAGUGAGCCAAUGGACGAAGGUCAAUAAUGUUCAGAACACAUCCAUAAUUGGUACAUUCAUUCAAGCCUCUAGAAUUUUUGUGAUUCUUGGCCGAUAAUGCCUACCCUUUAGAAUAUGUUAGUACUGUUAAGAAGGUGGAGAGCUUGGAAAUUGCAACACAUUUAGAUGAAAGCUUGUGUGUAAAAUUUGAUCUGUCGAAUCUGGCUUUUGUACUUCAAAAUUCUCUGACGUACUGUGAAGGGCAAUUCACAAUGGGUAUGGAUUUACUAUUGCAUACAAGACUACUUUCCG